AUGGAGACUUCAUCACAACGCCGCAAGGCCUGCGACUUGUGCUUCCUCAAGAAGAUCAAGUGUGACAUGCUCAAGCCGGCCUGCUCAAACUGCCUGCUGUAUAAGUCUGAGUGCCGUACAACCACAGUCCGCCGUAGGGCGGUGCCGACGAAAGAGCGCCAGCAACGGCCCAAAGAAAGUGCCGCAGAAGACCCGAAAAGGGUAGGAGAGUUGGAGAGCCGCCUGGCAAAGAUAGAAGAACAGCUGCAGCGCGCAUUGGACGCGAAUAUUCGUCUUUCCAGCCAAGUCCCGGCCCCAGCCCCAGCCCCAGUCCCACUCCAAUCGACGCCCAUUACGGACUCCAUCGAGUUGCCCCUGGAUAGCGGCGGCGAUUCGACCGACAGCGCCGAGUUUAUCAAUGCCUUUUCGUGCAGCGAGAGUCCGAGCGAGUGGGUGGUUGAGCCAGAGAAGCCGAAACUGCCGCCGCUCGAGGAGAUCAUGCCCGUCAUUGACGAGUUCUUUAGUCGGUACAAUUCCAUCAUGCCGCUCUUCGACCAGCCAACCUUUAUGCGCAUGCUCUCCGACUGGUAUCUGCCGUCCUCAUGUCAGUCAUCCGCGGUAUGGGCAGCCAUCAAUAUCGCCUUGGCGCUAGGGUACCGUUGCACGUUGAAGGAGGUGGGGAACCUGGAUGCCCUGGUGGACGACCAGAAGGUGCUGCACCACAUGCGCAACGUGCAGUCUGUCGUAUCCGACUUGGUCACGCGGGAGGACGACCUACUGGGGAUACAAGUCCUCGUGGGUAUGGUUGUUCUCUUCCAAGGAACAAAAGAUCCCAAGCCGGCCUCGGUCCUCAUUGGGACUGCCAUCCGGCUGGCGCAUCGUAUGCACCUCCACGACAAGGAGUCUCUCCAGUACUUCCCGGCCGCAGUUGGCCGACAGAGAUCGCGGCUCUUUUGGAUGGCGUAUUGCAUGGACAAGGACAUCAGUCUAAAGGCCAAGACGCCUUCGUUCCAGCUGGAUGCCGAUAUUGACCUGCCGCUGCCGGAGCUGGACCCGGACGACGGCGCCGGUAUCAUGGCUGCGUCCAACGGAAGCAAGUUCAACUUCUUUCGGGCGAGAGUGGAGCUCAGCCAUAUCGCGGGCAAAGUGUACGACCUCCUAUACAGCACCAGGGCGCGCAAGGUGGCAAAGGGCGAAGCGCAGCUGCGGGUGACGCGACUGGGGGAGAUGGUGGACACGUGGCGUCGCAAUGUGCCGUCAGAGUUCCAGCUGGAAUCGCUUCUCGAAAAUGUCGAGCCGCUACCGGCAGUGCACCUGUCGCUCCUUUACCACAACUAUUUUGUGAUUACAGUCAUGACACACGGCAUCUACUCGCACGAUGCGGACUGGGUGCAGAGAAUCAGCUCGUUUAGUCGGGCGACGAUACAAGCCCUGGAAGGAUUGGGAUCACCGUUUAGCAGGCCGAUCGGGUCGUUACCGACAGGGUGGGCAAGCUGCGUGGAACUCAGCCGGAGCUGCAUGAAGCUGUUUGUGGAAUCGCCCAAGACAGACUGCAGCAUCUGGUCCAACGCGUGCGCGCACUUUUCGGGGCUCAUCAUUCUCCUGUCCAAUAUGUUUGUGUUCCCAGAACACCCGCAUCUGAUGACGGAUAAGGAGCUCGCCGAACAGGCGCUGCAACUAUUCGACAUGAUGCUGCGCAUUUCGGCAAACGAUAACUUUCGCAAGCUGCACGAGGUGGCGAGGGAGCUUCACCGACGGGCGAUGGCGACUGUGGACAAGGUGGCGCGGAAGAGGGACGAGCAAGCGGCGGCGGCAGCAGUGGUGGAGGCCAUGGACAACGCGCUGCCAUUUGGGAUGCAAUUCGAAGAGGACGUGAUUUUCUUUGGGGGCACAGACAUGGCGGACUUUGAGGGGCCGUUUGCCGGAGGUGCCAUGGAGGAGUCGCCGGUGACGAUUGGUUCCGAUGCGGCAGAUUCGCUGGCGGAUUUCCGAGGGGAAUUGGGUCGCGCAGCCGUGACAGUCGGGCAUAGUCAUUACUGA